AUGGCAUUUUACAUCAAAGGUCCAAACUUUGCAACACUAGAGACGGGUAGUUCUAAGUUAACUCCUCAGGAUCAGAAACUCACAUUCGUCCAAGAAACCGUUGUUACAGAGUGUAACGAUUUUUCUGGAUCUGAGUUUGGGUUUUCAUUUGUUGAUUAUCAAAAUGUGUUAUCAUUCGCUCAUCCUCAAGAUACAUCUGUUGAUGUUAUAAGUUUGGUUGUCGCAGUUGCUGAGAUGCAACGAGAUCAUCCAUAUAAAUCAAAACACAAGCUGAACAUCAACAUCCAAGAUGCAAAAGGCUUGCAACUUCAUGUCAAUUUGUGGGGUGAUUAUGCAUACAAGAUGCAAGAGUAUAUACAUAACAAUCCACAUCGUCCAAGUGUAAACACAUACUUUACCUCUUUCAAGUUGUUCAUUAAGUCUGACAUAGAUGAAAUUAUUUAUUUCAACAAAAGUUUGGAUGGAGAUGAUGGUCCAGAUUCAUCUACAUAUACAUCUUCAGCUAUUCCAUCCAAUCAACUUUCUGAAUAUGAUGAUUUCACGGUAAAAAAUAAGUUGAAUGCUAUCACUGAGGUUUGGGAACCCGGUGAGAAUAAAAAAUGGUAUUAUCAAGCAUGUACCAACUGUUUUGGGAAAGGAGUUCCAUCAGAUGAAAGUGAUGCUCAUCGAACCAAUUCUUAUGUAUCUCGUAAUGAAAAUUGCACAAAAACUACCACAAUGGUUGUUCCAAGCUUUAUGAUUCCUAUACGUGUGCAAGAUAUUAAUGGAACUCUAACAUUAACCAUGUUUAAGAGAGAUGGAAAGCAUUUGUUGAAGCAAUCAGCAAAAGAUUUGGUUAAAAAAAUGAUCGAGGAUGCAAUUUCUGGAACGGACGAUAACAUAACUCCUUCCACUCUCGAUAAAAACGAGACAACAAGUCUGAUGAAGGGUUUAAUCUUAAAGUGA